AUGUUCUUAUUAGGGUUAGUGUUCGUUCAUCACCCCGGUUCACCACGCCGGAUUGGAUUUGCGGCGCCUCGCCGUCCGACCGGCGGCGAUUCUUCACACGGCGAGGCCCCCUCGGCGCGGGCGGCCAGGAUCCAAGCGCCCCCUGCCAGAUCAGCGCCGCGGACGAGCAGCGCUUUCCGGCGGCGCAGGGCAGCAGCGGCUUCCGGCGGCAAGGCGGUGCGGGCGGCCAGGAUCCAAGCGUCCCCUGCCGAAUCAGCGCCGCGGACGAGCAGCGGCUUCCGGCGGCGCAGGGCAGCAGCGGCUUCCGUCGGCAAGGCGGUGGGGGCGGCUAGGAUCCAAGCGCCACCUGCCGGAACAAUUGUGCCCCCGUUCCAUCAGCGAAACAAUGCAUCAUGUCAGAAAAUGGUUAUGAGGAGCUUGUCGAGUAAACUCCGGUGGUCAAAGAAGCAGAUGAGUACACAUCAGGCCAUACCUGUUGGAUCACAGGAUGCAGAAACCACUGGAUAUCAACUUGUUUCUUCAUCAGUCGAUCUGGAGCAUGACUGGGAGGUCUUGAAAAACUGCAAGAAGCUGCUCCAUGUCUCUGGUUUCAGGGGAAAGCAUAUGUAAAUUACAAAUCUCCUUACUGAGGAUGUGUCUAGUUGCUGCAUAUAAUCUUAUAGAAGGAUGAGAACCUGAGCUGUUUGCAUCUCUAAGUCUCUACACAUCCACCGGCAUAACUGUAAAUUCUAUUUGAGGUUGUCUGUUCAAAUUUUCUCUUACUGACCUGAAGUGCAUGCAGACAAAUACACACUUGAUUUUAAACCGUUUGAAAAAUUUCAGUCUU